CCGGGGCUUUCCCCGCCUGAGGUAGACUUUUCAAACCAUGAAGCGCGGGUGACGUGGAUCUGUGGUGCAUCGAAGUUUGUGCGAGUUGAGGUGGCGGCGGACGAUCGGGUUGAUGUUUCGUUGGCCGUAAUGAGACUCGAGGCUGUAGUGUGCGUUUUGAGGUUGUGGGAGGUGGUCUGGUGGGUUGUUGCUAAGUAGAAUUGGAGUCAAGAGGACUUCGAGGACUUUGGGUUUGGCCGGCGGGCUCUGCAUCGUCAGCAGUCGAGUCUCUGCUCUGUUUUGUGAAGAGGGGUUGUGUUUUAUUCCUUGCGGUUUUUUUGUGGCGGAGUAUAGAGCGGAGGAAUUUUGACGUUGUGGGAAGCUUUGAAGCUCAAUGUCGGUGUUUGCAUCUGCGGUGCGGUAUACAGUAUUUCAUCUUUAAAGAACCAGUGGCGCUGUUCAAGACCGGCUUUAGAAAGUUCAUCGACCGUUCUUCUUGUGAAUUGUUCGUGUUCAAUUUCUAGGUUAGUAUUCUCGGUGGGUAGAAAUCCGAAAGCAGAGGAGCUCUGAUUCAGCUCCCAUUUUUUCGAAAAGGGUUGUUGAUUUUGAUAUGAAGCAGGGCAUGGCAUCCAAAGAAAGGUCCAACGUAAGGCCCAAUCUUAGCUGUUGGCUAUGGCUCGUAGGGAUACUUUUAGUCUUACACCUUCUCAUUAUGGAGGCACGCGGCGCUCACUCUGCGGAACCUUUGACUCGAAUUGCAUUUGGCUCCUGCGCCAAUCAAAGUGCACCCCAGUCUUGGAGCUCGAUCCCAACCUUUUUAUUUUUCUUGGAGACAACAUUUAUGCUGACAUCAAGCAACCGAACAAGAUGGUAGGGAGAGAAAGGACAGUUGGCCCCUUCAAAAAUAUUCCUCGGUUCUGGGCAGUUUCGCCUGAAGAGCUGAAGUUGAAGUACGACCUUUUGAAGCAUGGCCAACCCGGCUAUGUAGCUCUUCGCAAAAAAACUCAAAUUGUGGGGACAUGGGACGAUCACGACUACGGAUUGAACGAUGCAGGUAAGGAGUACGAAGGGAAAGACGCCAGUCAACAGCUGAUGCUAGACUUUCUGGAUGAAGCCCCUGAUAGCCAAAGGCGAAAACAACAAGGUGUCUAUGCUGCAUACACUUAUGGGCCAGUUGGAAAGAAAGUCAAGGUGAUUCUUUUAGACACCAGAUACCACAGGGAUCCACUACGCAGUGAUGGCACCAUGUUGGGUGAGACCCAAUGGCGUUGGUUUGAACAUGAGCUGCAGAAUAGUGAUGCUCAGAUACACAUCAUCGGUUCAUCUAUUCAGGUAGUGUCCAAUUUCUCCGCAAUGAGCCAACCCUUCUUCAGUAUGGAGUCAUGGGGAAUGUUUCCGUCUGAGCGCUCCAGGUUGUACGCCGUCCUUCGCGACACCAAUACUAGUGGUGUUUUAUUCAUAAGCGGAGACGUGCACUUCGGUGAAAUUUCGCGGUUCGAUUGUGGACUUACGUACCCGGUGUACGACAUCACAUCAAGUGGUCUCACUGAAGCUGUGGAGGAAAAGUACGCAUUCCCAUUCUCAAUUGCACUGGCACUAGGUGGCUGGGUUUUGCCCCAAACCAUGCGCGUCCAUAACUCUCGCUGUACAACCAAUACCUGCGUCUAUGGGCAUGCAAAUUUCGGGACGUUUGAGAUUGACUGGGACGCCAAUCCAGUCAUUAUAGACGCAAAUGUGCGGGACAUACAUGGAAACCCCGUGUUGGGAGAAACUAUUAAACUUUCAGAACUGCAGCCAGGGUAUUUCAAAUCGCAGGCUGUUCGGGGAAGGCAUGUGAAGAGACACUGCACGUUAGAAUCAGAACUGCCUUGGUACCGGAAGUACAUAUUGGCAAUCACCUUUAUCGGCACCCUCACUGUUUCUGUUGGAACUCUGCUGAUGCUCCUCGUCUUAAUAGCUGUAAGGCUUACGAGGAGGACGGUAAGAUCCUUAACAUUUAAGGAGGAUUAAUGCUUUCCAUGGAACUGACGGUAAAUGAAUUUUCACCUGCAUGUCUAGAUUUUCGUCCUCUUCUCUUCUGAAUUUGUAUAUGCGGUCCCUCUCUCGGCAUCUGUCAAGUCCUUUUAUUGUCGAUGCCUUGAAGGGGAUGUGUAAAAUAGCAGUGAACACAUUUGUUCAAGAAAUUGCAUGACUUUAUGCUAUUUGAUCAAUAAUUUGUAUGUUGACCAUUUAGUCAACGCUCUCACGAUGGACGCUCUGUAAUACUGAGAACUAUGUAAACAGUAGGGCUCACAUUAUAGGCAAAAUCCUUUGGUUUAGCUAAUUUGGUUUUCAUCACUCCAGCUAAUCAGUUACAUUUAUUUUCAUUUAUUUUGAGAUGACUAGCAUGCUAAUUUGCACUACAAUUGAAGUGCAUGAAUGUGAAUUUAUCACACAUCAUUUGACAA